ACCAAUAGUAUUUGAGAUAAAUAAAAUUAUUUAUAAAAUUAAUGCAGUUUACAAUUAAUUUUCAGCUGAAAGUAAGUAUAAUUUGCAUUGGAAUUGUAAAGGGUCACCUAUUAUGAAACAGAGGAAGUAUGUAAUAUAUAUAUUUUUUAUAUUUUGAGAAAUGUAAAGUAGAUAAUGAAUUUUUAAAUUUUAAAAAUAAUUUAAAUGGGUUACCGGAACUCGAACUGAAUCCGCAAAGAUCGAAACCGAACCCAAACCAAAAUUUAGAAAUAUCCAAAUGGGGCUAAAAUCUUUAACCCAAAAAACUGAAACCUGAAUAAAUCCGAACCGAACCCGAAUGGGUACCCGAACGUCCACCCCUACUUUUUAGACCGUCAUUUAAUGAGAUGAUCGAGCCACUUUUCGGACAUAUUAAUAGGUCAGGGAAUAAGCCUAUUCUGAUACUAUGUUAAAUUUGAGUUUAUCAUAGAUUUCCAACUUAAAACAUUUACGCAGUAAAUAGAUUAACUCAAAUCCGUUAUAUACUAGAUUUCUAGUUAAGUUUUUUUCAUAUUUCCGAAUGUAGGAUCUUUAUCUCCAAAGGCUGUGGGACCGAUAUAAAUCGAAAGUUAAUGAUCUAAACGAAACACAUUGUAUCACAUAUGCUUCUAAAAACUGUGCCACCCUAGUAUAUAUGAAAAAAAAUUCCAUGAAAUCUAAAACUAUUUCUUUUAUUGGUGACCGAUUUCUAAAAGGUCUGAUAUAUUUUAAGUGCUGUAUGAUUUUUAUCUUUCAGUGAUCAGUUGUAUUAUUAUGGCUAUACAUAUGUGAAUUUGCGAAAUCCUGUUUUAUAUACGAUGUUGUUUUGCAGUUACGUUUACACACAUUACAUACAAAACAAUAGAUAUCGAGCACAGAACCCAAAUUCCAAAGUACUCAAAUUUCUGAUCCAGAUUAUAAUUAUUGAUUUCCGACGUAUCUACCCUUUUGUUCUUCUAAACCAGACACAAAUAAUGAGAUCAAACACUUCCAACCCUGAUCAUAUACCAGCUAAUAUACAUACACACAGAGUCGACCCUAACUUAAAAAAAUGUAUUUCAAAUUUACUGAUCUUUUUUAGAUUUUUUUUCUUGCAUUGACAUUUCUAAAGAAGUUACUCAACUAGAUUUGAUUUUUGCGCCAGAAUAUGUACUAACAUUGUGGUGGUAAGGCAAAAGUAGCGAUGUCGGAAAAUAGUCAAAUGCAGUAUUGGUUGGAGUUACUGGUUUUGCCUUAUCAGAUUGUGCACCCAGUACCGGCCCUGGGUACAAGCCAAAGAAGCAUUGGCUUCCGGCCCUGUUCAGAAUAUGUAAAUUUUCGGCCAUCAAUUUCUCAAAGUCUCCGGUAGAGCAGUUGGUUUAAAGUUAUAAUUUGUAUGUCUGGAGUUACUGGUUCAAAGUCAGCCAACUACUUUCAUCAAUUUUUAUUAUGUAAUAGGUCCUAAAUUGUUUUGGGCUUCCAGUCCACAAUUAUUCCAGACCGGGCCUGUGUGCACCUUGUGAGUGUGAAACAGUGCACCUUGUGAGAGUGAAACAGUUGUGAUUGCAAUAGGAGCAGCGACAUUAGAAGCAAAAUAUCUGUUAACUGGAGUAUCAAUGACUAAACCAGCGGCAGUGUGGCAAGCACUAGGCGCAGAUAUUUAUGAAACCUCCGCAGUUUUCACUUGAUCAUUUAUAAACAAAGUCACUUUGAUAUAAUAUUGUCUCCUUGGUCUUGAAAUUGUUAUCAAACACAAGAACUCACACACAUUAUUUUCCUCUCUUAGAGCAUCAUUAACCCCACCUUUUAAGUGGGUUCUUAGGAGGUGGGUCCCACAACUUUAUUAAAAACCACAUCUUCCUUCUCUUCUGCAAGAGGCAAGUUUGGUGAGUUCUUAUGGUAUUUGCAGACCCCACUAACACGUGGUGGCCCGCGAUUGGUUAAUAAAAGAAAAAAAAAGUUAAAAACCCCAAAUGAGGGUUUUAGAGUUAAUGAUGCUCUUAAUAUAAAUCUAUUAAAUUAUUACUAAUUUUAACUGUUUAUGUGUUUUGUCUAUUCAAAUUUAUUUUUUUAUCAUUAAUAUAUAUUUCUAUGGUCAUAUUUAUAUUUUUUUGUUAGAUAUUGUUAUUUACUAAACCCUAUUAAUGUUCACCAUUUGUAACAAUUUAGGCUAUGCAUUUUCAUUAAAUAUAUGUAUAUAUAUAAUUAUUUUAUGCACACGCGUCCUCCUCUGACACUUUGUUUGAUAAUAAACACCUAUAAUUUAUGAUUCUUUUUUUCUUAAAUUAGCAUCACACUCUCAAUAUCUCUAUCUAGAUUUUGUUUUUGUAUUAUUUGACUAAUUUAAUCAUUAUCUUCUUAGAUCUCCAUUUUUCAUAUACAUCCAAUAAUUAAAACUUAAGAGUAAAAGAGCCUUGGUUUUUGACUAAGCUUAGCCUAAUGUUAUGGUGUGGGGUUAGAUCUUCAGAUUUUACUAAUACAUCAUUUUUUAACACGUUGCUCAUAAUCUCACUUUCUUAAACCCAAACAUAUCUUUAUUUUUCUUCAGUUUCUAGUUCUCAAGAGUCUAUAUAAGAAGACACCCUCACAACACCAAAAUAAUCAUACCAACAACAAGAAAACUAAUUAGUAGCUCUUGAGAAAAUGGAUUACUCUAGUGUUUUUGCUGAAAGAGGCAAUGAAGUGAACCAAGAGAAGCCUCCACCGCGAGUGUGUCCAAGGUGCAACUCAACCAACACCAAGUUUUGUUACUACAACAACCAUAGUGUGUCUCAACCACGCUACAAGUGCAAGGAAUGUCGCCGAAACUGGACUCAUGGUGGAGCGCUAAGGAACAUACCGAUUGGUGGAAGUGGCCAUAAAAAGAAGAGUACAACGAUAGAUCAACCUUUUGUUUCUCAGGCAGUUUCUGCUGAGAUCCAACAAGUUAGUCGUCAUCGCCAACCUUUCUUACAUGCUCAAGAAACCAACCAGUUUGUUGAAUCUUUUGGUGGUUCUUCUUCUGGUUUUGAUGUUGAUAACCAUAUCGGUUCUUUUCCUGAAAUUAGUGGCGAUGGGGUGCUUCCAUUUCAAAGUUUUCCACCAAUGGAUCGCUCUUAUUUCCAUGAUGGAUUGUUUCAACAAGAUUACUACAACGCUGAGUCCAAUGAUUUGAUUGGUAAUCAUUUGAUUAACCAAUCAAUUGGUAGUUAUAAUGUUGUGAGCUCUAAUCAUAACAGUUACAUUAAUCAAGAGGAUCGAGACAAGUGGAACCAGAGUUUAAACAAUACUAUGAACAUGAAUCAUAAUGCCAGUACCAGUGGAAGCAGAGAAUGGUGGGACACUGAUCACAAGAACAAGUACAAAGGCAAAAUCAAAAACAACUGUGUGUAUGAGUCCUCUUACCAUUUGGAGAAGCAUGGUCCUUGAAUCUUAGCCUUAUUAUCCAUUUUUCUUUUCUGUUUUUGUUUUUAAGUGAUGAAAGCUUCUAUCGUUGUUUCGCUAAGAUUCAGACAUAAGUUGCUUGUAUGAUUCUUUUCCUAUCUAUAUUUAUAUAAAUAAAUAUCUAUA